AGCUCGCUGCUGUUUGCCCUUUGAAGGACGGAACAACCGAGCAGAGACCAAAGAUAAAACACCAGUCUUCUCUUGUUUUGUUUACUUUUUAUUAGUUGUGACCAUCUGUGGGAAGGGCAUCUCGUCGCCAUGACUCCAGAGUAUGACUACCUGUUCAAGCUGCUUCUGAUUGGAGACUCUGGCGUUGGCAAGUCCUGUCUGCUCCUGCGAUUCGCAGAUGACACGUACACUGAGAGUUACAUCAGCACCAUCGGGGUGGACUUCAAGAUCAGAACCAUUGAGAUGGAGGGCAAGACCGUGAAGAUGCAGAUCUGGGACACGGCUGGCCAGGAAAGGUUCCGCACCAUCACAUCCAGCUACUACAGAGGAGCCCAUGGCAUCAUCAUUGUUUAUGAUGUCACUGAUCAGGAGUCGUUCAACAACGUCAAGCAGUGGCUGGAGGAGAUCGAUCGCUACGCCUGCGAGAACGUCUCCAAGCUACUGGUGGGAAACAAGUGUGACCUCGCCUCCAAGAAGGUGGUGGACUGCGCUACAGCUCAGGAUUUUGCAGCGUCCAUCAAGGUUCCCUUCCUGGAAACGAGCGCAAAGAACGCCAACAACGUGGAGAGGUCCUUCCUCACCAUGGCCGCAGAGAUUCAGAAGAGACUGGGCAGCGAAGGGGUCCAGAACGAGGCGGUCAAGGCCAGCUCCAAGAUCAACAGCGCCCCCCUCUGGCCUGGAGGAGACAAACCCUCAGCACAGGAGGCCAACAACUGUUGCUAACGCCAUUCCAGACUAGUCUCCUCUUCCUUGUCUCUCUGUUCCAACUGCAUCUCUUCAGACAAGCAAGGGUAGAAGAUCUAUACAUGAAAUUUGAAAUCUGAAACUUGCAGCUCAGUGUAUUUUGUACCGUGAGUCAACUCUUAACUGAGAAGAGAGUGCAGACAGUUACAGAACUGAGGCUCAGGGAUAGGCCUACUUUAAAUUGCAGCUCAAUCCCUCGACUUAAAAAUUGUGACCACACUUAAAAAACUACCUAAAUAACAGAUACUAUUAACAAAAAGAUGUAUAGCUUUAAGUAAUAUUUCUGAGACUUAAUAUUGCCCUCCAGUAAUAAAUAUUACAACAAUCAAGUGGCAUCCAUAUGAGAAAGUGUCAUGCAUUUUCUCCAUUGUUUACCUUCGGAUGAGAGUGGAGGACCCAUAUAAUUGAUUUGUAUUCCGAUAUCAACACAUUGUAAAUGAUUGUGUUAUAGAUAACGUUUGUAAAACAUGUUGACAUUUUUCAUUCCACAAAAAGAUUAUCCAAACAGGUGCCUUUUGCGUUUAACACAUUUGAUCAAUGUUUGUUGUGUAAUCAUGAAUAAAUGUCAUAGUAGCCUA